GCGCUGGUCGCAGUUGCAAGCAUCGCCAUCGCCAUCGUCGUUGCCUUCAACGUUAGCUGGCAGUCGUUGUCGUUGUUGUUGUUGCUGCUUUUAUUAUAAAUUUUUGCUGGCGCUGGUUCGUUGCUGGGUUUUAUUUUUUCAUCGUUGUCGUCGUUUUCGUCGUCGUCGUCUUGCCUGACGUUAUACCAGCCAACGCCAUCGCAUGCUUCACCUUCGCCCCACCGCACUCACACACACACACACUCUCUCAUACAUAUACGCUAUACACAGAUACAGGCAUACAGAUAUACACGCACACACUCGCUAUACAGACACUCAAACAGUCACACACUUUGUGCGGCUGCUUUGCUCUCACUCUUCCUCCCACAGCGCUUCCCCGCUCUCCCCACUCACGCUCCCAUUCGGUUCACUCCACUCUCCCCACCAGCGUCGCUGCUGCGACGAAGUUUCUUGUUUUCUUUCAACGUCGCUGAUGCCGCUGUCGCUGUUGCUGCUGCUGCCUCCUCUUUGCUUGUCGUAAUUUUACUUGAUUUUUUUCUGCCUUUGCUUCUUCUUCUUCUCUUUUUUUUUGUCGUUUUCUUUGUUGCUGCUGCUGCUGUCGUUGUUGUUGCUGUUAUUGUUGUUGUUGUUGCUGUGUGCUGCUUUCAGUGCGCUCGUUGGCUCGUUCGUUGUUUGUUGGCGUUUUUCAUUUGUGUUGCUGUUGGGUCUUUUUUUCUUUUUCUUUUUUGCUGCUGCUGCCGUUGCUGUGGCUGUUGCCAGAGAGUUGGUUUCGAAAUAAACUUUAAUGCGAACAUUCGUUCGGUUGAGUUUCAGUUUCUGUUGCUCUGUUAAAUUCGGUAAAAAAUGUGCGCAGUCAGCUUCAGCUAUUGCUACUGCAGCUUGAGAUGCAAUUGCAGGCUGAACUCCACUAUAAAAUCUAUAAUAUUUUUAUUCUCUAAUUUUUCUGUGGUGAUUAAUGAUUAUUUAAAAGAUAUUUUUAAUUGAAAUUGUCUUUAAGAACUAGCAUAUGUAUAUAUGGAAUUGCUAAGGAAUUGUACUUCGGAGUCUAAUGCCUACUCAAUUGCUGCAACAGCUGCGCGCGUUUUUCAAAAACCUUCGCGCAGGCGAAGCAAUCCCAAGCAAUCGACCAAGCGACCAAACAACCGUAUAGACCAACCAUCCAACCAAGCAGCAAUAGCUACAAAACAGCAGCAGCAUUCCGGCAACUUGAAUGCUGCUGCUGUUGUACAUUAAGCUUAAGCUGCGUUGAGUUUCACUAUAAAAUGAAUAUGAGUUUUCGUUGCUGUUUUGCUGUUGGUUUGGCACGCAAACGCACCGACGAGCCAAACAACCUAUACGAUACGAUACGAAACGAAAUGAAACGAAUGAACGAACGAACGUCCUCGACAAGCCCUGGCAGCAGCAACCACUUCAACAGCAGCAACAGCAACAACAGCCACAGCAGCAGCAAUGAGCUACGAGCAACCAGCAAUCUCCCACCUCAAGCGCCGCGCCGUUUGCUAUACAAACUCAAAAUAUACAAAAAGCAGCAGCACCAACAACAACAACUACAACUACAAUAUCAUCAACAGCAACAACAAAAACAACAACAACAGCAACGUCGACAUUUGGGACGUUCGUUCGUUCACCGCAGCUUGACGCCUUUCGAACUUAUUCUCUCUUUUUAAGCUUUGAAAUGUCGCCUAAACGGGCUUUACAUCUUAUCAUGUGUUC